AUGGCGCUCCGCGGGACCCCCCGGCCGCGCAAAGUUCGCAGGAGGCGAGAGAUGCUGCCGCAGCAAGUUGGCUUCGUGUGCGCGGUGCUGGCCCUGGUGUGCUGUGCGUCCGGCCUCUUGGGCAGCUUGGGGCACAAAACAGCUUCUGCUAGCAAACGAGUCCUGCCAGAGACGUGGAGAAAUAGAAAGUUGAUGGCACCUGUGAAUGGGACUCAGACGGCCAAGAACUGCACAGAUCCCGCAAUUCACGAGUUCCCCACAGACCUGUUCUCCAAUAAGGAGCGACAGCACGGAGCCGUCCUGCUGCACAUUCUUGGUGCUCUGUACAUGUUCUACGCCUUGGCCAUAGUGUGCGACGACUUCUUCGUUCCAUCUCUAGAGAAGAUCUGCGAGAAACUGCAUCUGAGCGAAGAUGUGGCUGGAGCCACCUUCAUGGCUGCAGGAAGCUCAACGCCAGAGCUGUUCGCCUCUGUGAUUGGCGUGUUCAUCACCCACGGGGACGUCGGGGUGGGCACCAUUGUGGGCUCCGCCGUGUUCAACAUCCUGUGCAUAAUCGGAGUGUGCGGAAUAUUCGCUGGGCAGGUGGUCCGUCUGACGUGGUGGGCCGUGUGCCGAGACUCCGUGUACUACACCCUGUCUGUCAUCGUGCUCAUCGCGUUCAUAUAUGAUGAAGAAAUUGUGUGGUGGGAAGGCCUGGUGCUCAUUGUCUUGUAUGUGUUUUAUAUCCUGAUCAUGAAGUACAACGUGAAGAUGCAGGCCUUUUUCACAGUCAAACAGAAGAGCAUUGCCAACGGCAACCCGGUCAACAGUGAGCUGGAGCCCGGUAAUGACUUCUGUGACGGUAGCUAUGACGACCCCUCCGUGCCAUUGCUGAGGCAAGUGAAGGACACACCGCAAUAUGGCAAAAGCCCCGUGGUGAUGGUGGACGAGCUCAUGAGCUCCAGCCCUCCCAAGUUCAACUUCCCGGAAGCAGGCUUGCGCGUGAUGAUCACCAACAAGUUUGGGCCCAGGACCCGACUGCGCAUGGCUAGCAGGAUCAUAAUUAACGAGCGGCAGCGACUGAUCAACUCGGCCAACGGAGUGGGCAGCAAGCCACUGCAGAACGGCAGGCACGAGAACAUCGAGAAUGGGAACGUGCCCGUGGAGAACCCCGAAGACCCUCCGCAGGAUCAGGAGCAGCAGCUGCCGCCGCAGCCACCACCCCCAGAGCCAGAGCCGGUGGAGGCAGCCUUCCUGUCCCCCUUCUCCGUGCCCGAGGCAAGAGGGGACAAAGCCAAGUGGGUGUUCACCUGGCCACUCAUCUUCCUCCUGUGCGUCACCAUCCCCAACUGCAGCAAGCCCCGCUGGGAGAAGUUCUUCAUGGUCACCUUCCUCACCGCCACGCUGUGGAUCGCCGUGUUCUCCUACCUCAUGGUGUGGCUGGUGACUAUUAUCGGAUACACACUUGGGAUCCCCGAUGUCAUCAUGGGCAUUACUUUCCUGGCAGCAGGGACGAGUGUCCCGGACUGCAUGGCCAGCUUAAUCGUGGCGAGACAAGGCCUUGGGGACAUGGCAGUCUCCAACACCAUCGGAAGCAACGUGUUUGACAUCCUCGUAGGACUCGGCAUACCGUGGGGCCUGCAGACCAUGGUUAUUAAUUACGGGUCCACGGUGAAGAUCAACAGCCGGGGGCUGGUCUACUCCGUGGUGCUGUUGCUGGGCUCCGUCGCGCUCACCGUCCUUGGCAUCCACCUGAACAAGUGGCGGCUGGACCGGAAGCUGGGUGUCUACGUGCUGGUUCUCUACGCCAUCUUCCUGUGCUUCUCCAUAAUGAUAGAGUUUAAUGUCUUCACCUUCGUCAACUUGCCCAUGUGCCGAGAAGACGAUUAAAGCUGAGCCGCUUCCCCCGGGAGCUGUUCUGGACACCCUGUGACGCCUGCGUCCUCCUGUCCCCUCCCUCCCCCACCACAGGUCUCUCCUGCAUCAGCAGCCACCAUCUGUUCUUUCACACACUGGAAGGAAGAGCCAUCGUGGUCUUUGUCUGGUCACAGGCCAGGCUGCUGGGCGUCCUCCUCCUCCUCGGAGUUCUGCCCCCGCAAGGCAAGAUCCAGGCGCCAUUAUCUGAGCAGCUUUGAAGACCCCUGAGUGGCCAGCCACAGGGAAGUGUCAAGUGUCUCAUCUCUCUCCUGCACGCUUUAGUCAAAAGGACUUCCGUGCGCAGCUUGUCUCUCUAUUACACAGGCGGCCUCGGAAAUGAGGCAGUCAGUGAGCGUGAGGUCUCCUAGGGCAAGUGCAAAAUAGGAAUGUUGUUCUCAAGUGUCACCUUUAGGCCAGAGGUGGCUCCUUAGCUUAUGCUACUAGGAGCCCCCAACUUCUGCUGGAAGCCCCGGUGGUUUGUAGGGGGCAAGGCCUCGACCUGUUGGGGGUUAGGGACCAUGACGGCAGACAUUUCCACCCCUUUUCCUGGAAAAACUGGAAGAAUGCACAGCAGAAGAGAGAAAACGAGUGUUCUUAUCACUUGUAUUGAUGCAUUCAGAGAAUGAGCAAUGAAAUAUUAAAACAUCAUAUACAUCAUCAUACUUGAAAAAUAUCAUUCCAUACAAAAGGAUCGGGAUGCAGACCAAAAAGGCAACAAUUGUAGAAAAACGAAUCCUGUGUGUAUCAUCUUGCAUUGGCACCAAGACACUUGGUUUGGAAUAGAGAGAAAGGUGAGAGACCUACCAUGGAGACGGGUGCUAACUCGCAGACGGGGAGAUGUGGUUUACAGCAGUACAUUCCAGACCUUCUGUGAUACCACACACUGUCCCUUUGGGUUUGUCAUUUCUUUGUUAAUGCUCUAGUUUCAAAACCACUCUCUUGAAAGGCCCAAUUGUUUAUAUGCCCAACAAUUUCAUAGCCUGCUGAACUGGACUGAGUGUGCCAGAAAUGCCGGUUAAUGACAAGAAGAGAGAUUUCCUGAAAAACGACAGAUUGCUCUCUGGGUAGCAGAAGGCAAGUAUGAAAACUGUAAUUUAGAAUUUUUAGAGCUAAGUUUCUUGAACCGUGUAGUUUGCUACGCAUGAAAGGCCAAGGAUGGGAGGUUCAAAAACAGAAAAAUAUGAAACCAUUUUCAACUGCUUCAUAGCUCUCAGAUAUAUAUUUAAAAGAUUUAUGAACACAUACCAUUCAUGGUUUCUAAAAAGAAAGCACAAUUAAUUUUAUAGAGAGGUUUUUUAUUUUUGUAAUGUCUCUAUUGCAAAAGUCUAUCAGAUUUGAUGCACUUUGAAUAUUGGGAUGCUUUGCACAGAAGAAUGUAUGGGAACUACCCCAGACCAUGUGAGCAGAAAGGAGAUUCUUAGUGAUUCACCAGAAAUCACUCUGAACUUGGUGAUGAGUUUAAAUCCAACAGCUGAUCCCUUCCUGAGACACAAAGGUCGUGACCCACGUUGGAAUUUGUGACUGUGCUCUUUGAGGCCUCCUGAGUUCCAGAAGGAGGAAGUGUUCAGGCUUCUGUCCCUUAUGUCACCUUUAGCAUGUACCUGCGAUGGGACCUCGCCCUCCAUCACCAGGCUCCUAUCCGGGAUUCAUGUCAGUAUUAGUAGCUACACCACAUUGAGGCUUCUCUUUUUGUUUCUCUACCCAAAAAAUAGGCUCAGUGGUUUUCAAGUUGAGAACAAGGGUGAUUUUCCUAAGAAACUGGCUAAAGGGUGGGCCAGGGACACUGUAGGUUCAUCACUAUAAACUUGAGCUACAGGGGAGGUCAGGGCCCUGGGACCACCGUUUGUCCUAAUAGCCUAGUUCACCUGGUUCCUCCCAUUUUACGGCUCCCCCAGGAUCCAAGUGCUUCUGUCUCUCUCUUGGUUCUGCAAAUUACCCUGCCGUGUAAGGGGGGAUUGUUCUCCUCAUUUAGCAGGGAAUACAGUCUUGGCGAGGUCAAGGGACUCUAAUGCAAUGGCCAGUAGUAAGUAGCAGAACAAGCUCCAAGCACCAGCCCAGCACCUUCCCAGGGCAGCCAGUCCAUGGUCGGCCGUCCGGGGUGAGUGAAUGUGGGUGUGACUUUGCCCUUGUAGUUGGCGCUUAUUGUUUGAGUCAAAACCUCAUCAAUAUUUAGUUGACCCCUAGGUUCCCCAGGUCAUAUCCUAAUGUCUCUAUUUUUUCUUAAAAAAGACCAAAAACUAUUUUUAGCUAUGACAAGGCACAGGACACAUGGCCCCUGGUGGUGUCCCUGCUAGUUUUCAAGUCUCUGAAUCCUUGUGUAGCUUUCAGAGAACACAUCCUAAUUGCCCUCCUCUUCCUCAGCAGAAUCCAUCUGAGAUUAUGAUGUAUACUGCAGUUAAAGACUGAAAAAAUGUUUUUAAUAUGUUAAUGCACUCCUCUCGGCUCAUUUUCUUUUGACUUUCAUGUGCCAAUGUAACUUCCUUGAAGGAUCUAUGCAUUUAUUAUAUCUAGGAAACUAU